UGAAAAGAAAAUUACAAUCAAUCAAAAUAUCGCAUCUUCUCGAAUUAGUUCAACUCUCCCUCCUCGAAUCUCACUUAUCGAUUCACAACAAGUAGGGAGAUGCUGUAAAUAUCGCAAUCGGAAACGUCAAAAUGCUAAGCGGUUGCUACAUCAGAGCUCUGUGGAUUCUGAACAAUCAGGACUUUGUAAUUUUCUCCAGGAAGUUUCCGGUGGUGGAAAAGCGGUGGCGCGUGGCUUGUGAGAAGGAAGACAGCGAUGAUUUCAAGUAUCAUAUGUUGCCUAACGAUUCGGACGUCACUGCUGCUUUUAGCGAGCGUAAGAAGCGGGAGGGUUCAGCUCGAGGAUUUGGCAUACGUGUGAGCCAAUCUGUUAAGGGAUCAGAUUCAUGGGUUGAUGAUCCAAUUACUCGUCAUGUGAUAAGUUUAUACAUUAAUAAAGAAGAAGGGGAGAAUAAUCUCCUGUGGCCCCUGGUUCUACAUAUAAAGGGACCCUAUUCUAUUCUUAUAUUGCCUUUGGUUGAACCUCGUCAUUUGAAGUCCUACUCAAGGAUGUGCAACACAUCAGACUGUGGGAGUGUUAUUGGGGCAGAUGAGAGUCUGUCUUCCCUCCUCUUAGAUCUUCCAUCCAUCACAGGGGCAUUUGCUGUGGCACAAACAAUUGGGGACAUCGUAGUUGGUGAAGCAGUGGAGCCGGAAGUAGUUGUUGCUGCGUCUCCCUCAGUUGGCGGGCUGCUAGAUACCCUCACUGGUAGCAUAGGAAUUUCCAGUAUUUCUGCAAGAGCAAAACCUGUAGCUUCACCUGUUGCAGCUUCCACUAUUUCUGGGACAGCUGUGACUGGAGCUGCUACGUCUGAUGCCCCGAAGAUGGGAUCCAGACCUUUGGAUAAGGAUGUCCUUAGGUCGUUCAUCAGCAGUGCAAUGCCCUUUGGUACUCCACUUGAUCUUAGCUACUCUAAUAUUUCUGCCAUCAAGACCACAGGAUUUUCUUCAGCAGACGUGCCUCCUGCUGAUCGAAAGCAACCAGCAUGGAAGCCUUAUCUUUACAAGGGGAAGCAACGGAUUCUGUUUACUAUUCAUGAUACGGUCCAUGCUGCAAUGUAUGAUCGAGAUGAGAUCCCAGACAGCAUAACCAUUUCUGGUCAGGUGAACUGUAGAGCAGAGUUAGAGGGACUUCCUGAUGUUUCUUUACCGUUGACCUGGUUGGAUAGUGCCCGAGUUGAGUCAUUAACCUUCCAUCCAUGUGCUCAAGUUCCAGAACAUGGUGGUGAUAAACAGGCUAUUACAUUUUCACCACCAUUGGGAAAUUUUAUCUUGAUGCAUUAUCAGGCACUUUGUUCUGUUGGACCUCCCAUAAAAGGGUUUUACCAGCUAUCAAUGGUCUCGGAAAAUGAAGGGGCAUUUCUGUUUAAGUUGAGCAUCAUGGAAGGUUACAAAACUCCUCUAGCAAUAGAGUUCUGUACAGUAACAAUGCCAUUUCCAAGGAGAAGGGUUGUUUAUUUUGAUGGGACACCUUCAAUUGGAACAGUAUCGAAUACCGAGCACUCAGUGGAUUGGAGGAUAUUAACAAACACUCGAAGUGCUUCCGGAAAAAGCAUUGAGGCGACCUUUCCUGGGACAGUUAGAUUUGCACCGUGGCAAGCACAAAGAAAGCAUCCAUCCGGAUCAGCACUGAUGGCUGAUGAAGACAGCGAUCUUGAAUCAGAAUCUAGUGGCAGCAUGGUUAAUGUUGAGGAUUACAUAAUGGAGAAAAUGAUUAAGGACCUUCCAGCAGUUGACCUAGAGGAUCCUUUUAGCUGGCAGGCAUACAAUUAUGCAACAGUUUCUUUCAAGAUGAUAGGACCUUCAUUUUCAGGAAUCUCUAUUGAUCCUAAAUCUGUAAGCAUAUUUCCAGCAGUUAAGGCCCCUGUUGAAGUUUUAGCUCAGGUUACUUCCGGGGAUUAUAUUUUGUGGAAUACUUUGGGAAAAUGUCCUGUUGCAGCCACACCACAAGCAUAGAAACUCAAGAGGCUCGAAACAUGCUGAAACUAAAUUUGCGAAAAAAGAUACUCCAUUUUAUCUCUUGAUCCGCUCAUCUACCUGCCUUCAAAGCCUUAUGUGUAAGUAUCAACUGCAUAUUGGACUGGCUUCGUUCGCGACCAGAUGUCAACUAGUUGAGUGAUUUAUAUAUUUUUCCCAAUGGUUUUGUUCCGGGAGAUCUGGAUUUAUUGAUGGGGGAGCUUCAUGUGAAUUUGAAAGGCUAAUUAGGAAUGUUUGAGACAUUCUUUGAUAAUCUUGCUUGGGUAACAGAGAGUUAUAUGUGAAACUCAUCAAGAAGUUUGUUUACUGGUUAGAUGAGUAUGAUGAGAUGAACAAUUUUGGUCACUUGAUUUCUCUA